GCGCAUGCGUGCAUACACGCACCUGACUUGAACUUGAGUUUCACUUCACUGCUGUCUUCUUACUGACCGAAAAAGACGUGAUCUUGCUCUUUGGUGGUUAUUUGUCUGAGCAGGUAGAUAGCGAUCUGUUGAUUCCUUGGACCAGACAGUGGUGUGUUGUUCCGUAAAAGACAGAGCGAGACAUGGGCGUGGUGGCAGUCAACAGCGCUGAUCCUGAUAUUUCGGGAUUGGAGAGGGAAAGGAGUCUGAGGCAGUUUCCACAAUAUGGAAGCAUAAAUGGCCACGGAGGGGACACCUGCCCCACUUGUUGUGGCACUGGACGUAUACCAAGAGGUCAUGAAGACCAGCUUGUUGCCGUGAUACCUUGUAACGAUGUACGCCUGAGGCCCAGACGCACAAAGCUCUACGUGUUCAUCUCCAUGGCCGUGUGUCUGUUUCUCUCGUGCCUCAUCCUCUUCUUCCUCUUCCCCCGGAGUGUGACCCUCACACCUGUGUCUGUGGAGUCAGUCAUGGUCUACUUCACUGAUUCAGAAAUGCAAAUUGACGUCAGGAACCGUGUCACCCUCACCAACAACAACUUUGUCCCAGUCCAGAUUGUGGAGUUUAACGUUCAAGGUUUGGUCCAAGAUGUUUUGGUGGGUAAGAACAAAAUUUGCAACACGACGUCCCUCCACUCGCGCUCACAAACAUCAUACACCUACAACAUUGGGUUGCCGAUUACUGAUGUAGGACUGAACACCUACUGCAAGUCAUCCGACAUCAAAAUUCACUCACUCUUCGUGCAGCUGCAGUUGACUUUAAAUAUCUCCUAUCUGUCUCACACGGAGCAGCUGACUCAGGAAACAUAUGAGUACAUCGACUGUGGCGCCAACUCCACCAUUCCUCACCCUGUCAGAUGAUGUCAUUCCGAUGCAAAUGCAUAACACCUUUAUAUCUCUCGAAAGCCAUUCCGUGGACCUUGCCUCGUUUCCGUGUUUAAAGUCUGAUGACCGCAGUAGAUUUGACAAUACUGCACAAUGCUUCUAUAAAUGUCCAAAGGCGUCUGGAUAGAAGGUCGAUUAAAACGGUGGUUCUGAACUGGUCUGGCUUUGGGACCCUCCACCAGUCCUAAAUGAGACCUAAAUCGAGAAAAUACAUUCCAACAUUAUUUAUUUGAAUAAAUAUUCAAUAAAGAAAUCGAACACGUUGAACCCCAACUUCCAUACAACGGUUUUAUGAAAGCAGAUUCUAUUUUUUUUGCCGAGGAAAGCAACAAAUAGAUAAAGGUUUAAAUAUGAAUGUUUACAUGAAAUGCUUUAAUGUUCUGGAUGUAUCAAUGUGCUUUGCCUGUUCAUCUAGUCCUCUGCACUUUAUGAAAUAUGUAUAACUGUGAGAUACUUCAUUUCAUUUUACUUUUGCACUAUUGAUUUCAAUCAACAGGCUGACGUGAUGAAUGUUGACAGAAAAUAAUGUGAAAUAAAUGGCAUGACCUUUUGA